AUGGCUACGGCGUUUGACCUAAUGAACGGGCAUCUGCUCAGUCUUCAAACCCGCCCACGCCGUAGCAAAGACGCGAAACUCGAUGCCGACACGAAAAACUCCCAAAACAGUCCAGCUGAACUAGCAAUUCGCUCAGAAAGCACUAACUGUGGAGCUGACACGUCUGUACCCUCACCACGAUCUAAGACCACGCCUACAAAGCUCCCCAUACUCAAGCUUAACACGGAUAAGGAUCGCAGGGAGCAAAAGGACACUGCCGCGCAAGGCAACCAGAAAGGAAGUGAAGGUUCACCUGGAUACGAGUCGCCCAAGUCCCUUAAUCAAGACCGCGAACGGUAUUGGCGAAAAGUAAGGGAUAGGGUUGAUAAAGAUACCCUGUCGCCGCAUGAUAACGGAAAACAGAAGACAUCUCAUAAAGGAGCAUAUCGAAAGAUUAUCUCAUUAGCAAACUCCUCACGGCAAGAAUUGGCGAAGCAUAGGUGGAAGUAUUCUGGCGGCUCUUCGGGCGAGAAAUUAUGCACACCAGAGACUAGUUCUGAAGUGAAGGUGGACAAUUCCCAGGCUGAACAGAAAGAUGGCUCCAGAGACAGCCCUUUGACCGAAGGAGGUCAAUGUGCGGAGUGGAAAGGCCGAAUGAACAGCAGCCACUCAGCAAGCUCGAAUGGAAGCGGCGCAUCCAGUGAAAAGUACAAGACAGGCAGUACUACUACCGACUCAUCUUACAAUUCGAAUUCAUCUGUAUCUCCAAUAUCCGGUCCGUCCUCCUCGAUAAGGGACUGGGAAGAUAGAUUUGUCGUCCAUAUGCCGUCGGCACGGGAGCCCAAUCCUCCAACCCUAAACGUGCGCCAAAUUGCCCAAUAUCAAAGGAGCAUCGAGAAAGUACAGAAGGAAGGCGGAUCAAUGGUUGAUCCCGACACCCUGCCUAGUCCACGUGAAGGGUCACCAGAGGAGCAACAAAAACUUCCUGGACAUUCCCGCAAACGCCCAGCGAUGCUGGAUGGUCAGGAUUCGAGGACAUCUUCCUCGGACCAGGACGCCGAUAGUGAAUUGGUAUUCAAUCCUAAUCACCCCCGUUAUUAUUGUCCAGAUGAAAUUGGCAAGAGAUUCAGCACAAUCUGGGAAGAAUCAUCCUCCAGCCCCAAACAGAAGCCACCGCAUACAAAUCCGGAUGGUUCUUUUUUAGGGUGCAAAGAGAUCAAUGGACCGCACGACCGGAAUCCCGACGAAAUCCUAUACUUCUCGACACCAGAACGCCCCAAAGUCGUGAAUAUCCCUCCUUCACGCAUGCCCCGGGUGUCGAAAGAGUCGAGGCCGGCCGUGAUGCGCCGCGGGAAGAUAUCAAAAGGGGAGUCAAAACUCGUUCUAGAAGAGUGGGAACCAAUUUCUCGGAAUUUGAAGCAUGCCCAAUGCUCGAAGCCAUCCCCAAGCCUUCUGUGUCGGGAGGCACAGUGUCAGCGAUUGAUGACAAAGAAGUCUACUGCCCUGGAAGGGAAAGACGAACCAGAUUCUACCGAGAAACUGGCCGGAUCAGAGAACCACAAACCGAACUCAAGGGCGGACGAUGUAUUCAUUAUCACACCCACUAUAACACGUACUAUGGUGAGCAUGACGGACCUCAGAUGUCACCUACCGAAACCUUCCGGCAUCAGGGAGCCUGUUGCUCGCAGCGCAGGCGAACUCAUCACCGCCAGGGCAAGGCUCCCGACAAACACCAAACCGCUUGUCUCGCCUUCAGGCCUACGUCGGGCGAGUCAAAAUUCAUGGGAAAAGUCAAACGCGCAAUCCACAGUGCAUUCAGACCCGGCACACGCCACGAAUAUCCCCGGCGGAAGACAACGAAUAGACAUAAGGGUCACCGCCGCAGAAAAACCCGUCCCCGUAGACAAACCUCGGGGUAUGCGUGGGUUCAUCCGUACGCCAGGGAUCCCAAGGUCAUCAACCGAGACGCGCAUCGAGCAGCCCAGAAAUAAAACAUCGGAAAUUGCCGCCAAAAGCCCACCAACGAAAAGAGUAGUAUAUACGCCACCUAGAAAAUCGACUCCAUAUCAUCCAGAAGCGGAGAACUCACAAUCAGAAAAUGAAGCAGUUUCGCCUGCCAGCAAGAAGAGCGGAUCGCAGACCCACGAAGCAAUGAUGCAAGCGAAGAUUUUCGACGUUGCCGAGUUAGAUGGGCACCAACUAAAUGAUCAUGGGGACAACAUUGCCAAACCUUCGCUUUCAAAUCGUAGCCUAAAAGACAAGGAAACAAGGCCUGAGUCCAAGGAAAGGAUGAGUUCCGAAAGUCUUCAUAUGUUCAUCGACAUGAUCUUUCUCUUCGUCUCUCAGGUGCAACGUUUCUGUAGUCAGUUGAAAGCGAACCGUGGCUCGAAGUUUGUUUUGUUCAAGUUGUUCGUGAACAGCAUAUUGGGGAUGCUUGAGCACUGUCUGCACGUUCUUCGGGAUGGCCUAGCCGUCAUAUCUGCAUACAAUGCUACAGGAGCGUGGCCCAAAACAAACGACAAGGAUCUUACGUUGUUGUUCACCGAUCUUGGCCAAGCCGUGAUUUAUCUCGUCGUGCUGGGUUUUGUGGCCGUCGUCGUCGCGCGAGCUGUGGGAUUUGUGAUUCUCAUCGGAACAUGGAUAAUGUGGUUUGCACGGCCAUUUGCAUUGACUUUCCGUACAGUUUUGCGCGUUCUAUCUUUAUGA